AUGCCUCCCUCGACAAACCCAGCCCCGUGGCUCCGUUCAAUCGCCCUCCGCCACCGACGCCCAGUCCAGUCCAGGUUCAUCACCCACAAUGGCCUCCGGCAAUACAGCAGCAGCACCAAUAACCCCGAUUCGCUGCCCAAGGCUCCUGCGAGCGAGCAGCAAAGUCUGGAUACGCGCAACUCCGAACACGUGAGCGAGGAGGCAGCUCAGAUGGCCAAGUCUCAGGGCAUGGAGGGGCCGGACGUCGAAGCUGGCACGCCUGUACAGGAGAUUCUGGCGGAGGAGAAGGACCUGCAGAAGGAUGCGCCGAAGGUGAUGAAGGAGGAGUUGAAGCAGGGCCAUGAGAAUCCAGCCCCGAAGACGGAGACGACUGGAUCGGGAAGUAUGGGUAGUGGACAGAAGAGGGGCUUCAGCACAUUCGCGAGAAGACGCAUGCCAGAGCUGGACUCGAUGAGUGGACAAGGAGAGCUAGACGGCGCAAUGAUCCCAUCCGAAGCACAGCGCGCCGUCUACAACACCAACUCUCAAUCUACCGUCUCAUCAACCGCCGAGUCACAACCGAAGCCCGGCCACAAGUUCCCCCUCCCCUCGCAAACGCCCACCCACAAAAGCGAACGCCACGACCCCAUCCUCGUCCAACUCACCAACCUCAUCAUGCGCGACGGCAAAAAGUCCAUUGCAGAAAAGCACGUCGCCUCCCUCCUCUCUACCCUCCGCACCCUGCCCGCUCCAACCUACAACCCUUCCCGCCCGCUCCUCCCCGGCGCACCACCAGCUUCCCACCUCCCGCUCAACCCCAUCCUCUACCUCACCCUCGCCAUCGACUCAGUCGCCCCGCUCCUCCGCAUUCGUUCCCAGCGUGGAGCAGCAGGAGGAGGCGUGGCGUUGCAAAUUCCAGUCCCGCUCGGGCUGAGACAGCGAAGGCGGCAGGCGAUGACGUGGAUCCUGGAUGCGGCGGGGAAGAAGGGUACGAGGGAGGCUUUUGCGCAGAGGAUUGCUAGUGAGGUUGUUGGGGUGGUGGAGGGGCGGAGCCAGGUUUGGGAAAAAAGGCAGGGGGUGCAUCGGCUGGGGGUGGUGGGGAGGAGUAAUUUGAUGGGGAUUGGUGGAAGAAGGAGGUGA